UCAUGUCUUUUCUGUUUCCUCUUGUUCUUUGUUACAGGUGUGGACAGGAGACACUGGUGUCAUGUUGCGUAUUGGGAACAUAGAACGCGCGUUGGACCCAUGUACUCAGUAUUCACAGACUCUGUAAAUAUCUUCUAUGACCUACCUCAUGGGGACGGAUUCUGCUUAGGCCUGCUGAAGCGGGAGGGCCGGCCGGAGUCCGUCACGAAAAUUCGACAGAAGAUCGACUACGGGCUAUCGAUGAGUCGGGAAGAGGACGGGGUGUGGAUCUACAACCGAAGCAACUAUGCCUUAUUUGUGAACUCCCCCGCACUGGAUAUACCUCACUCCAGGACAUUCACGGUCCACAAACUCGCACCAGGAUUCUCAAUCAAAAUCUACGACCACGCAAAGUCCAAGUUGUUAGAACUCAUGCACCGGGAGUCGGAGCCGCCCGAUGGCCCGGUGGAUCCGAAUUCGAUACGAAUCAGCUUCAUCAAGGGUUGGGGACCACAUUACUCUCGCCAGUUCAUCACCUCGUGUCCUUGUUGGAUAGAACUGAUCAUGACGGCACCCCCGCGGUGAUGACCACCACGAUGCUGAUGCAUUAUAUUACUUUUAGAUCUAAUAUAAUAUUUUAUAUUAUAUAUAUUAUAUAUUAUAAUACUUGUACAUAUGGACUCAUUUUUACAAUUGUAAUUUAUGGUGCCAUGCAUAAGUUCAUUCAAUUAUUGUAUACUCCUUUCCCUCCUCUCUUCCUUAUCUCAAACUUUGCUAACAAGACUUUGUUUCUCUCCCCUCCCUUUCCUCCUUGUUUUUAAAGUUUUCUUUCUUUCAUUCAUUCAUCAUUCAUCCAUUCAUAUACCUCUGUUCUUAUUCAAGUUGCCCAUUCUACGGUCAUGUUCGUAACACACGUACAUGUGGUGUUGUUCAUGUGUAGACAAACGUUACUGUUUUUUACCAGUUGAAAAUAUGACGAAUGACAAAAGAGAAAAAAUAUGGUAUUGAAUUAAUAAACUCAUUAAUA